AUGAUGCUGAGCAACCAGACCUGCUCCAGUCACAACGUGACGUUCAAAAACAGCCUCUACGCCGCCACUUACACCAUCAUCUUCAUCCCCGGCCUCCUGGCCAACAGCGCUGCCCUCUGGGUCUUGUGCCGCUUCAUCAGCAAGAACAACAAAGCCAUCAUCUUCAUGAUCAACCUGGCCGUGGCCGACCUGGCCCACGUCCUCUCGCUGCCACUGCGAAUAUACUAUUAUAUUAACUCCACGUGGCCUUUUGGGAGAUUCCUUUGCUUACUGUGUUUCUACCUGAAGUACCUCAACAUGUACGCCAGCAUUUGCUUCCUCACCUGCAUCAGCAUCCAGAGGUAUUUCUUCCUCUAUCAGCCCUUCAAAGCCAAGGACUGGAAGCGGCGGUACGACGUGGCCAUCAGCGCUGCGGUGUGGUUCGUCGUGGGGGUGGCCUGCUUGCCCUUCCCCAUCAUGCGGAGCUACGGCCUGGCCAAAAACACCAACACCUGCUUCGCAGACCUCCAAGUCCGGCAGAUUGACAGCAAGGUGGCCACCGUGCUGAUGACAGGCACGGCGGAGCUCUUCGGGUUCGUCGUCCCGCUCGUCAUCAUUUUAUUCUGUACUUGGAAAACAAAAGACUCUCUUCGGGGCUUCCAGAUACCGCAAAACAGCGGCGAGAGGCGGAAGGCUUUACGGAUGGUUUCCAUGUGCGCCGUUGUGUUCUGCGUGUGUUUUGCACCCUACCACAUCAACUUCUUUUUCUACAUGUUGGUGAAAGAAAACGUCAUUACGGACUGCUUCCUGAGUACCAUCACGCUCUACGUCCAACCCUUCUGCUUAAGUCUUGCGAGUCUGGACUGCUGCUUGGAUCCCAUCCUGUAUUUCUUCAUGACUUCAGAGUUUCAGGACCAGAUAUCAAGGCACAGCAGCAUGGUCAUCAGGAGUCGGCUCAUGAGCAAAGAGAGCGGCUCGUCAAUUAAGGAAUGA